UGGCCGAAACACAGCCCAGCUUUAUCAUAUAUCGAUAACCUACAUUUGUCAGUUAACCAUCGCUGUUGAAGCUGUAACACUGAAACAUGCCUGUGAAAGCAAAGAAAUGGAUCUUGGCACACCAAUUCGAUGGAGUGCCCAAAGAUUCUGAUCUCGAACUCGUCGAGGAGGAGUUGCCAGAGCUUCAAGAUGGACAAAUCCUGAUGGAAGCUCAAGCACUAAGCGUGGACCCAUAUAUGAGGGUUUACGUACGGACAGCAUUGAAGGAAGGGGACACCAUGAUAGGCUCCCAAGUUGGGAAGGUGAUAGAGAGCAAGAGCCCACAGCAUCCGGUGGGCAUGAUGCUCGUUGGGAAUGUUGGAUGGAGAACGCACGCUAUCGUUGAUGUUGGUCAGGGGGUUGGUGGUAUGCCCACAGUUAUGCCUGCUACUCCAGUCCCCGGUCUCCCAGUGUCAGUUAACCUGGGUGUCCUCGGCAUGCCUGGUGCCACGGCAUACUUUGGUUUACUUGAGCUCUGUAAGCCCAAGGCGGGGGAGGUAGUGGUGGUCAGUGCGGCCGCAGGGGCAGUGGGCAGUUUGGUCGGACAGAUAGCCAAAAUUAAGGGGUGUACCGUCAUUGGCUAUGCGGGGACAGACGAGAAGUGCAAGUGGAUAAAAGAGGAACUGGGCUUUGACCACGCCAUUAACUACAAAACACGGGACGUGGCCGAGAGUCUGAAAGAAGCAGCACCAAAUGGCGUCGAUUGUUAUUUUGACAACGUAGGCGGUGAUUUCCUUUAUACCGUCAUGCGGCAGAUGAACAAGUUUGGAAGGAUCUCACUUUGUGGGGCCAUUUCUCAGUACAAUGACAACUUAGACAGCCCGAAAUCAGGCGGGUUUCCGGGCUUUCUCCUGAUACGAAACGAACUGAGAAUGGAGGGAUUUAUUGUCACCAGAUGGUUGAGUCGCUGGCCCGAGGCCUUCAAGGAAAUGGCGGUCUGGAUGAAAGAGGGAAAACUGAAGUACAGAGAAACUACUACCAAGGGUUUCGAGAACAUGAGGGAGGCCUUCUAUGGAAUGCUUCGAGGAGAUAAUACAGGAAAAGCUGUAGUGAACGUAUGAGAACGCCGUAGAGGAACAAAUUAGAGCCGUUAACCAGUAUUAACCAGGACACGUUUUUGACAAUGAUUACAAUGUAAUUCAUAUAAAUGUGCCAUAAAAGGAGACAGUUGGGAUUUAAAGUAAAAAUAAUUGCAAAAUAAAAUGUUAAUGAUAUAAUAUGGACAAUCAAAAACAAUUUCAAUACAAUUAAUAUCGUAAGCUUUGAAAUUUCUAAAAAAAAGAUAAUAUAUACAUUGGAACUAAAAAUGACAAAUUGUACUAUAGAUUGAGCCAGUUAUAUGCUUAGAAAUUGAUACAAGCGGCAGCUUCAGGAAUUUACAGAGAAAAAAAAUUUGGUAAGCUUUUUAGUUCUUCUUACCAGUAAAGGUCACAUUGCAAUAUUAUUUAAUUUCGCUGGAAAUAAUUUCUCGUGUGCUAGUCCAAGAGUAAAUCCGAAACCAAACGCAAAUUCAGUGUAUUAAUAAAUAUUAUUUAUUGAUUAGAAA